UCUCAUCACGGAGACGCCAGUCUGGACGUUCCCGCCUCCUCCGACACUGUCGGGUCGGAUCGGAGAAGGGUCACUGCCUCCUCCAGGGAGAAGGGGGGCGGAGCCCGGCUCAGGUUUUCCAUAAGCUAAAAGAGUAGAGAUGAAGGAAAGAGAUCAGCUGGGGAGAGAAGAAAGAAUUUUAGAAGUCCCUAAACGGGGUGAAGGCCUCCCAUUAUUGCUUUAACCCCCUCUGGAAAUCCCAGCAAACUUGGGAAGACUGGCCCAGCUACCGCAGCCAGCUUGAUGACCUGCCAGAUAGCACUCUGCUGGUGGGCCACCUCCCUGACAGAUCACCUCCCUGACAGGCUUGGGCAGACCAAGAUUUUCCCCUUAUGACAGGAUCAUGGAUUUUCCUGGACACUUUGAACAGAUCUUCCAGCAACUGAACUACCAAAGACUUCAUGGCCAGCUCUGUGAUUGCGUCAUCGUAGUGGGGAAUAGACAUUUUAAAGCCCACCGCUCCGUACUGGCAGCCUGCAGCACGCAUUUCCGAGCCCUGUUCUCAGUGGCAGAGGGAGAUCAGACCAUGAACAUGAUCCAGCUGGAUAGUGAGGUAGUGACAGCGGAGGCCUUUGCCGCACUGAUUGACAUGAUGUAUACCUCCACCCUCAUGCUGGGAGAGAGCAAUGUUAUGGAUGUCUUAUUGGCAGCCUCUCACCUGCAUUUGAACUCUGUUGUUAAGGCAUGCAAACAUUACCUAACAACAAGGACACUGCCCAUGUCUCCCCCCAGUGAGCGUGUUCAGGAGCAGAGUGCUCGCAUGCAGCGCUUCUUUAUGUUGCAGCAGCUGGGACUAAGCAUCGUGAGCUCAGCCCUCAAUUCCAACCAGGGUGGUGAGGAGCAGCCGGCCCCCAUGAGCUCAUCAAUGCGCAGUAACCUGGACCAGCGGACACCCUUCCCCAUGAGGCGCCUUCAUAAGCGCAAGCAGUCUGCAGAGGAGCGAGCCAGGCAGCGCCUCCGACCGGCCAUGGAUGAGUCUGCCAUUUCCAACGUUACUCCAGAGAAUGGGCCAUCAGGGGUUCAUUCUCGGGAGGAGUUCUUCUCACCAGAUUCUCUGAAAAUUGUGGAUAACCCUAAGGCCGACGGAAUGACUGACAACCAGGAAGACAGUACCAUCAUGUUUGACCAGUCUUUUGGUGCUCAAGAAGAUGCCCAGGUGCCCAGCCAGUCUGACAACAGUGCCGGCAACAUGGCACAGUUGUCCAUGGCCUCUCGUGCAACUCAGGUUGAAAGUAGUUUUGAGCAGGAAGGUGCAACUGAGAAAAGUGGUUUUCAGUGUGAAAAUGCCGAGGUUGGCCUUGGUGAGAAGGAGCACAUGAGAGUGGUGGUUAAAUCUGAGCCCCUGAGCUCUCCUGAGCCUCAGGAUGAAGUGAGCGAUGUCACCUCACAAGCAGAAGGCAGCGAAUCUGUAGAAGUGGAAGGAGUUGUGGUCAGUGCUGAGAAGAUAGACCUCAGCCCUGAAAGCAGCGAUCGGAGUUUUUCAGAUCCUCAGUCUAGCACUGACAGGGUAGGUGACAUCCAUAUUUUGGAAGUCACAAAUAACUUGGAUCAUAAGUCCACUUUUAGCAUUUCAAAUUUUCUUAACAAAAGCAGAGGAAGUAACUUCAGUGCAAAUCAGAACAAUGACGAUAAUAUCCCAAAUACCACUAGUGACUGCAGGCUGGAGUGCGAGGCCCCUUAUUUGUUGAGUCCAGAGGCUGGGCCUGCAGGCGGGCCCUCCUCGGCCCCCGGCUCUCACGUGGAGAACCCAUUCAGUGAGCCUGCAGAUUCCCACUUUGUUAGGCCUAUGCAGGAAGCGAUGGGCCUGCCGUGCGUGCAGACUUCAGGCUAUCAAGGAGAACAGUUUGGGAUGGAUUUUUCCAGAUCUGGUUUGGGCCUUCACUCCUCCUUCUCCAGGGUAAUGAUGGGCUCCUCAAGAGGAAAGGCCAGUAACUUUCCAUACUACCGCCGCAUAGCUCCCAAAAUGCCAAUUGUAACUUCCGUCAGGAGCUCACAGAUCCCAGAAAACUCUGCCAGUUCCCAGCUAAUAAUGAAUGGGGCCACGUCCUCAUUUGAAAACGGCCAUCCCUCCCAGCCUGGCCCUCCGCAGUUGACCAGGGCAUCUGCUGAUGUCCUGUCAAAGUGCAAGAAGGCCUUAUCAGAGCACAAUGUCUUGGUUGUAGAGGGAGCUCGCAAGUACGCCUGCAAAAUCUGCUGCAAGACUUUCCUGACCUUGACAGAUUGCAAGAAGCACAUCCGUGUUCACACAGGUGAAAAACCCUACGCCUGCCUCAAGUGUGGCAAGAGGUUCAGUCAGUCCAGCCACCUGUAUAAACAUUCGAAGACUACCUGCCUACGCUGGCAGAGCAGCAGUCUUCCCAGCACUUUGCUCUAACCCUGACCUUUUGAGAUAAUGUCGAUGCCAGUUGUAGGAACGAAACUAAAAUCUCUUUUGGUCGGGAGCUAAUGCCCUUGGGUUUGAGGCUUCCGGCUGCCCAAUGGCUCUUGCAAAUUUCGAUGACUAAUAAGUGGAGAACUAAUAUGUGUAGCACUUGCGCUGCUGCAUUUCUAAGUGAAAUGUAUGCUGUCAGAGAGGGAUGCAAUCCCCCAAACCAACUUCUUCCUUAGGAUUGAGUAACGCAGCCAGAAAGUAGUUUGUAAUUGAUGUUAAAAGUGGCACAUGUAAAAAUUAAAAAUUGAAGUGCAAGAAAAAUUUUUUUUAGCAAUUUUUAUAAAACUCUGAAGCAUUUAAUUAAAUUUCCUAUACCCCCAAUGGGAAUAUUAUGUAACUGUACAGUGAUGCAAAACACACUUAUGUGUAACCAGUGGCGACUUUGUGCCCGUCUAAAAGGCCCUUGAGGACGUGCCUGUCUGCCACAAAUGCUUUAAAGUCUAUCAGGAGCUAGUCCUAGGCCUCAGAAAGUACUGUAUUUUUUAUUUUUGUCUGACUUGCAGUCACAGACACUGCACUUUGAUGGUGCUGACACUGGGUCCGGAGCAAGCAUUCUCUGGACUGUUAGGUGUAUAUACUUUUGAAAACAUCACUGUCGGAUAGAUGUUUUUAACAAAAUUUUCCUGGUUUUAAAAACAAAGUUGUAAAUGGAGUAUGUACUUGUAGGGAGUGACAACAAGUAAGGUAUUGUUUCUGUGCUGUUUUAGCAGUAUUUUAACCAGCUUGUAUACAUAUGUUACAGUUCCAUGUUUGGAAGUCAGAAAAGAGCUAGCGUUUGUCUUUGUUCUGAUGACGUGGAGUCCUGUCUUGUGGGAUCUUUCAUAGCGCAUUUACCCUUUGCUCCAUCCAGACUUUGGGGGCCAGUCCAGCCUGACACUCUUACCCAAUGACAAGCCCGUUCUCUGCUUUGCUUCUUCAUACUCUCACACCCUGUAUGGCAUCAUUCCAAGGCCUAGGUUGGUGUUUUCAGUUACAGACUAACCAAAAAUAAGGUCAACCCUCUUCACCAUGGGUGUUAUUACUGUUACAUAGUUUAAAAUGUAGAACCUGAACUUUUGUUGUUGCCCCAGCCCAAUACUGAAUGUUUGAAAUCCAAACGUAGCAUUGUUCGUGGGUAAAUAUUUUCCAGAUUCUGUAAGAGGGUUGGGGAGCUCACAGUACAGAAGUUACUAAGUAACAUCUGAGACUGUUGGAAGAGACAUUUGGGUCACUGCCCAGGGCCUCUUUGGGUCCCACCGCCUCACUUCCCCAGCCCACCUUGCGGUCUUCUGAUUCUCUGCCAUCAGGGCUGUUGGUGACACCUGGGAAACAGCACAGGUUAUGUGUCUCUGUAGAGCCCGUGAAGUCAGUACAAUUCAUGCAUGAACAUGAGUUCAUUUUUUAUACCGCUUUUUUAGACACCAACUAUUGUGCGUAAUUGAGAGCAAUCCUUCAGUUCUUAUGUUUAGAAAGCUAAGUAUGUGUAGCCUGAAAGAAAAAUCAGCGUGUUUUCUCCUCUGAAUCUAGUGUGUGCAGUUACACAUCUGUCUGUGGAUAAACUCAAAACGUUCAUAGUCGGGCUUAGCAUCUUCUUUGAACAGAUUCCCAGGGAGGAAAGGAAACCUCUGGAAUUCCUCUCCUUUCCAGCAAAUUUGGGAAAGAGACUGGAAGACAUGGGGUCACUUGUGAAAUUCAGUUGUAUGUGUGGCUAAUUGUUAGCAGCUGUUUUCUGACAAUGGGAGGAGGCUCUGCAUC